AUGUGGCUGGGACCGGGGCCAAUCCCUGCGGGCUGCCCGUCCCCGCAGGGGACAGAGAGCUGCCGCCGCGCCGGGAUGAGGAGCCCCCCGACUCCGCUGAGCCCGGGGGUCCCUGCCGCCGCCGCCGGGAAUCGCUGGCCUUCUUCCCUUCCCCGCUUGAGGCACCCGCGGGGCACGGCCAGCCCCGGCAGGGCUGGUACCAGCUCCGGUACCAGCUCCGGUACCAGCUCCGCUACCAACUCCAGUACCAGCUCCGCUACCAACUCCGGUACCAGCUCCGGUGCCAACUCCGGUACCAGCUCCGCUAUCAGCUCCGCUACCAGCUCCGCUACCAGCUCCGGUACCGGCUCCGAUACCAGCUCCGGUACCAGCUCCGGUACCAGCUCCGCUACCAGCUCCGGUACCGGCUCCGGUACCAGCUCCGCUACCAGCUCUGCUACCAACCCCGAUACCAGCUCCCGUACCAGCUCCGCUACCAACUACAGUACCAGCUCCCGUACCGGCUCUGGUACCAGCUCCGGUACCAGCUCCCGUACCAGCUCCGGUACCAGCUCCGGUACCAGCUCCCGUACCAGCUCUGGUACCAGCUCCGGUACCAGCUCCGGUACCAGCUCCCGUACCAGCUCCGCUACCAACUCCGGUACCAGCUCCGGUACCGGCUCCGAUACCAGCUCUGGUACCAGCUCCGGUACCAGCUCCGCUACCAGCUCCCGUACCAGCUCCGCUACCAGCUCCGGUACCAACCCCGAUACCAGCUCCGGUACCAGCUCCUGUACCAGCUCCCGUACCAGCUCCGGUACCAGCUCCCGUACCAGCUCCAGUACCAGCUCCAGCCAGUGCCCAGCUGAGAGCACGGAGCCAGGUCCGCUGCCCUGCCCAGCCCGCAUUCACAGCAGGCUCGCUGGCACCGCAGAAGCCUCAUGCCCGCACCUGAUGCCGCUGCAGACACAGAGCCCACGGGCAGGGGUGAAGCACAGAGCUGGCUGA